CAUAUCUAAUUGUACAUGUUUUAUGUCAUGUAUAUUAUAUAUAACAUAACACAUACAUAUGAUAGAAACCACACAUGCAUAUGUAUAUGCAUGCAUGAAUGUAUAUUUCUUCCAGAUGUGGACUUCAGUCCUUUGGGCCUGAAAUAGAAUAGGUUGCAUCUUCUAGUUCACGUUUACGUGAAGUUCAAUAUGCGAUGUCCUUACUCAAGAUUUAUCCGGAUUCCCAGCGGCUCACAACUUUCUCCAGACUCUCCGCCCACUCAGGUUUCUUUUCCCCUUUCACUGCCCCAGCUCAGACGUGGGACUCGGCCUCUUCUCUGGAAUUGGAGACAUUUGGGAUUUCUCCAAAACCACGUGCACAAGGCAAAUGUGUGGGUGGUGGACUUUUUCUGAAGGUUCAGAGCACUAGGUGGCUACCUUCCCUGAUGUCAGCAGCACGUCAGGCGCCCCUGCCUCUCAGGCUCUGCCCGCAGUGGGCGCGGGCCUGGCUGCACGGGGUGGUAGGCGUGGCCGUGGGCGGCCUGCGUGGGUGUGGCCACGGGCCCAGCCUGAGGCUGGACGCCAGGCCCGAGCAGGCCCUCUUUCUAGGCUCCCCUCGCAUCAGUUUCCCCCACCCCGUGUUUAUCUCGUGCUCUCCACCGCAAGAUUACAGCCCAGGACUCCUUGGUGACUCUAGCAGCGGUCACUCUGGGCCAGAACCGACCAACCAGAGGAAAGUGAACCCAUCUGCUGGCAGGCCUGGGGUUGCUGCUGGCAGAGCAAGCAGGUGGGAAGGAGGUCUGGAGGCAGCACCGGGAAGGAUGAAGCACACUGGAACCUGCCAGCAUGUCUGUCUGUCCAUUUCUCACCACCUCUUACCAAUGACCGCCUUUCGACUGUAAUGGUACCUGCUUCAUUUCUGCUUUCUAAAUUUCAUACCACUUCACUUAUGGCCCACUCAACCCAGAGUCACACAGAGAAAUGAAUUCUAGGAAACAGCUCCCAGUAGAACAAUCCAGUACAAUAUGUAUCAUGAAUCUCAGUAUUCACUGCAAAUUGGAAAAAUGGCUGAUGGCUAAUUUCUACUUCUUGGAACAAAGAAUAAAGAACAAAGAGGGAAAAGUUAUAGGAUAUGGGCAAAUGGCAGGGUCAAAUUUUAGAACAGACAGUCCAUAAUCAAACUCACACAUAUAUAGACACAGAAUAUAUGACAGAACAGUGGGGAAAAGAUAGUCUUUUCAGAUAAAUGGUUCUGGGUCAACUGGAUGUCCAAAUGGAAUAAAUAGUAAUCUUGACCUUCUACCUCACCGCAUAUAUAAAUAUCAAUUCUAAGCACAUUAUAGAUCUAAAUGUGGAAGAUAAAACAAUAAAUCUGCUGGGGUGCUUGGGUGGCUCCCCAGUUAAGCAUCAGUUAAGCAUCCGACUCUUGAUUUUGGCUCAGGUCAUGAUCUCACGGUUGGUGAGA